CCACAGAUGGUAAUGCGGCCCAGAGGGAGGGGUGUUGAGCAGCAUCUCGUCCCUCCUCCAUGUCCGUCCAGGAGGAAGUUUCUGUUUUCUGUGGAGAGACGCAGCGGGCGGGACUACAACACUACAUGAUGACUUGAGAUGUGAAGGAUCCUACGUUUUUCCAUCACCACCAUUAUUCUACUGUUUUCUAGAUAAUAUGGAGUAAAGCUCAGCAUGGUCACCGGAGCUCCGUUAGUUUUGAAGCACUCAGCUGCUGAGCUGUGAGAGGAAGCGAAGCGGCUGCAUCAUGGCAAAUGUUAAAGUUGCCAUUCGGGUCCGUCCUCUCAACCAAAGGGAGGCCGCCGAUGGAGGAAAGCUAGCGGUUCAGGUGGAGGAUAAACUAGUUAGCAUCCGAAAUGUGAAGUUGGACGGGCGGUCAGAGGGAGCUGUAGAUUCCAGAGAGAAGCUUCUGGAGUUUUGUUUUGACUACUGCUACUGGUCUGUGGACCCUGCAGACCCUCACUAUGCAUCGCAGGAGGAGGUUUUCCAGGACCUUGGCAUGUCAGUGCUGGCUGGAGCAUCUGAGGGCUACAAUGUGUGCCUGUUUGCUUACGGCCAAACAGGAUCUGGAAAGACAUAUACCAUGAUGGGGACAGCGGAGUCCACUGGCUUGACGCCUCGCAUUUGUCAGGGUCUCUUCUGUCCUGAAGUUUUGUUCUCUGAUGGACAAAACUCAAGCAGAGUUGAAAUCAGCUUUUUAGAGAUCUACAAUGAACGUGUCAGAGACCUGCUGAGAGGAGGAGAGCAGAAGAGGAGAACUUCCCUUCGAGUUAGAGAGCAUCCUGAUAAAGGACCUUAUGUUGAAGAUCUUUCACAGCACCUUGUCACUGACUGCAAACAGGCCCUAGACCUCUUGGACGAAGGCGUCGCUAACCGCAUGACGGCUGCAACCCACAACCAUGACGCCAGCAGCAGAUCCCACGCCAUCUUCACUAUUCAGUACACACAGGCAAUACUAGAAAAUAACCUCCCUUCAGAAACUGUAAGCAAGAUUAACCUGGUGGACUUGGCUGGAAGUGAGAGAGCUGAUCCCCAGUACUGCAGGGACAGACUGACAGAGGGAUCCAACAUUAAUAAGUCGCUGGUCACUUUGGGCAUUGUCAUCUCUGCUCUCGCCCAGAACUCCCAGAUGUCAAGCAGCUGUCAGAGCAUCAACAGCGUGGCCUCCGAGGGUGACAGCAGCACGUUGGGAAGUCACAGCAGCUCCCUGUCUGGAGGAGGAGGAGGAGGAGGAGGGAGGCGGCAUUGCUUCAUUCCCUACAGAGACUCAGUCCUCACUUGGCUAUUGAAGGACAGUCUAGGUGGCAACUCCAAGACCAUAAUGAUUGCAACGGUCUCGCCUUCUGCUAACAGCUACAAUGAAACCCUGAGCACCCUGCGCUAUGCCGCUCAUGCCAGAAACAUCGUCAACAAGCCUCGUGUUAAUGAGGAUGCAAAUGUUCGGCUCAUUCGGGAGCUGAGAGAGGAGAUCGACAGGCUGAAGAGCAUGCUGCUCAGCUUUGAGUUGCAACGUAAUCCCAGUCCAUCCUUGAGCGAUGAGAGGGAAGGAAACCUUUCGGAAAUUGUGCUACAGAAUGAGCUGAAGGUGGAGCAGCUCACACAGGACUGGUCAGAGUCCUGGAGGGACAAGAAGGAGCUGCUGGAGCAAUACAACGUGGACAUCAACAGAGACAGGGCCGGUUUCCUCAUCAACUCCCUUCAGCCUCACCUGGUUUCGCUGGACAGAGAUGUUCUCAGCACCGGAGUUAUUUUCUAUCACCUCAGGGAAGGAAUUACCCGCAUUGGACCACAGGAGCAUUUUGAAGAACCACAUAUAGUCCUUCAAGGCAGCUCCCGCUGUGAGAUUGAAAACCACGGGGGGGUGGUAACACUCCGACCGCUGCCGGGCUGCGUCUGCCUGCUCAACGACAGAGAGGUCACUGAACCCUGUAGACUGGCUCAAGGGACUGUGAUUACCUUGGGAGGAGUGCAUAAAUUCCGCUUCAACCACCCGGCAGAGGCAGCAAUCCUUCGGGAGCGAAGACGGGUCAGUGAAGGCAUUAUGACGUGCACCUAUGCUGAUUUUUGUCUCCCUACUCCUGACAAUGAUGUCAAAGAAUUAAAGCUGGAUCCGUGUGAGGAGCUUACAGCGAGGGGACGUGUAGAGGAGCAGAAGCGCUAUGUGGAGAGUUUGCGACGGGAGAUUCAGGCUGAGCAGAGAAGGGCAGAAGGGGAGCUGGAAAGGGAGCAGGCUCAGCUCCACCAGCAGUACUCUGAGAUGCAACAGUGGAUUAUGCAUGAGACACUGAAAUCACCAGAUGAGAGGCGAAAUCAAGACUCUGCUGUUCAAACAGACCUGCUCCCUGCUCCUCUUCUGGAAAAGCUUACAAAUGAGACGUCCAUUGGUCAGAAAAAUACCAACAUGGAGUUUCCGUCCAAGGUGAUGAGGGUCAGGAAGAAAACGGUGCAGGAUGAAUUACUAAAGCAUCAUGCGCUUUGCCGCGCCGAGGGACGCAUCAGACGGAGAAAACUGCACUAUCAGCUGCAGAAAAUCGCCAACAAGCGCCACCUGCUGGAUGCUAAGAGGAAGUUACAGCAGCUGGAAAGUAAGCUUCCCCCAGGACCUGACAGCCCACCCUCUCCGGAGAUGGGAUCUCCCUCAAAGCUAGAGGAAGAUUCAUCUGUAACACGAAGACACUCUUUUUCACUAGAUCUGUUGUCUCGGCUCUACCCUCAGCGCACACCAAUCUUUCGGCACUUCCUCAAGAGAAACAAGUCUGUGGAACAAUCAUUAAAUUCAUCAACCAUGUCUGAUUCCAGUAGCAGCAGAAAGUGGGUUUCAGAGGAAUGUCUUCCUCGGGGAAGAACCCAAAGUUGUUCUGGCUCUAUCUUCACUGGACAAAAUCAGAAUACAGUAAACAUCAGAGAAACAGCUACAGAACCAAAGCCUCAGCCAUGUUUGGGGCAACUGGGACGGAAACCUCUGCUGCCAAACCGAGAUGUACUGUUUAAGAACAGAUUUGAUAAGAAAUCAGUAGCUUUACUGAAAUCACCUGUCAGAACUGUACCGCUCCCUGUGUGCAAAGAAAAUCUACAAAUAUCUAAAACAGAGAAAGGCUUCUCUGACAAAAGCUGUUUUCAGGAAGGAAAAGGAUGUUUCCCUGCAGAUAGAGAUGGACUUAAAAUGAUCAGCAGAUCAUCGUCUCAUUCUGUUGGACCCAGGAUAAAAACUGCUCUUUCAAAAGUUUUUAAAAAACCAUCCUCGGCUGUUAAAGGCCGACGAAUUCUUAAGCCUCUGGGAAGGAUUGCUGGUAAAUUUCCUUGGAGGAGAAAGAAGAGCCUGAAGGAUUCUUUAAGUCAUCAGAAUGUAGCUUCCAUCAAACAGACCAUGUCAUGUGAGGAGCUUGACCAGAGAGAUCUGUUUGAGAUCCACAGACACAGACGCUGGCAUAGCACCGAGGGGCUGGUAAACAGGAGGAAUGGAUGUGCAGAAGGACAUCAAGGACUUUUUGGACGACUCAAAGAGCAGGAGGAAGACGGCGAAGGAACGUCAGACUGCGAGAGCCUUUUCUCUGUUGACUCUCUGUCCUCUGCCUACGCAGCAGCUCUAGCUGAGCAUUUGACACAGGAAGAUCCGGCUCUGAGUGAAGCAGAAAGCAAUGACAGUAACAUGUCCAGAGAUUCCUUAAAUUUAGAGAGCAGAAAAUUCUCCACGGUCAAAAGACGCAAACAAGCAGCGGUUUCAACUUACUCACAAGUAAUAGAUUCUACACCUCUGUGUUCUCAGAGCUCUGAAACAGCAGAACCCAGCAGAGAUAUGUGCCGGUCUCUGAAAUCCAUCGGAACAUCAGCUGAGAUAUAUUUGUCUGAUGAAAGCAGGAAGUCCCAGGGUGAGACGUCUUCAGCAGCUAACGGCGUGCACAAAUUAAUAGAUGAUUUCAGGAAGUUGCAGACCACUUUGACCAGCAGCUGUGGUGGGAGAGAGCCAAAACACCUGCUGGGUCUCACUGAAGUUUGGUCCUCCGCAGAUGUGACAGAAAGCCAGAGCUUUGAUUCUCUGCCUCUACCAAGAAAAGUUAUGCUCUUUAAUGCGGACAAUAACAGCAGCAGUCGGAGUCGAGUUAGUGGGAAUCCGCCAACCCCACAGAGUCACUGCAGACAUUUUAGGUCGGAGGUUUUAAAUAGUUCAGAGCUCGAUCAGUGCCCUGAAGGGACAAGAGAGUCUGAAAGUAUUGCAGCCUCAGAAGGUAUCUUGACAUCAAAUAACCGUGAUAGCUUCCCGAUGGAUCACUUUGAGCAAAUUAACACAAGAUCCUUUAAUGCACCUCGAGAUUCUGUGCUUCCUUUGAAACAAACUGAUUACAUGUCACAGAAAGACAUUCUCCAAUCAAAAUCAGAUGUAGCAGAGGCAGUGGUUGGUUUCCCUGCAGCAUGUGGCUCAGCUUUUCCAUCAUUAGCAGGGCUGAACCAAACACCUGAUCCUUUCAGUCUGCUUCAGCCUUUUAGCAAAGAAGCUGAAAAUGGUCGGGAUUUGCAGCUGAAUAAUUUUAGCAGCACAGAAGGCGGUUCAGUUAAAUGGGAGGAAACCAAAAGCAACGAGCUGCUGUUCAUUGCUCCCCAGCAGGAAGUUGUUAAAUUGGCCUUUAAAAAUUCCAGGAAGAGGAACAAAGACCAUCAGACCGCUUUUAUGGGCUGCUUGAAAAUUCCUAAAAGGAGCGACGGCGAGGAGUUGGAAACUUUCUCUGCACCAGGUGACAGCUUGGACGGUGUUUGGUCCGACAGCGACGCUGAAAACAGCAGGGACUCCAAAGGGGAGAUUGAAAGCCAAGGAUUUCUGUCUUUCUGUGUUGAUGGCAGCGACGGGCGAGCAUCAGCUGUUUCAGAUUCAUCGCCACUUUCUGAUCAUCAGAGCACUGACCUUGAGCCAAGCGGCCCGAUUCUAAAGUCUGAGCAGAUUUUGCACUGUGACAGAACUGUUAGCAAUAACAAAGUUAUAAAAACAGCAGAUAUAAGAGUAAGUAGAAAUGUUGAAGCUUUAGAAAGGGUUAAACGCGACACUCAAAGCGACAGGAAACAUCAAGAGAAAACAAAGCACAUGUGCAGGUCAGAAGCAAUUUGCAGUGCCAUUGAUCUAAGAAUCUCUGAAGUGAUAAAAGAGCACAUGGAAUCACCAGGAGGGAUCAGCAAAAGUCACAGUCUGGGUUCUUUGUCAUCUCUGGGUCAUUUUAGCUUGGAUUGUAAUAAAAGUAGAUGGAAAGAUGACCAGCUGAGAGAUGAGAGGAAAACUGACAUGAAAGACGGAAAAAUCUGUGCAGACGUGCAUACAUUAGUCACAAAGGAGCAUUUGGAAUCCUAUUCGCCUGUAGAUCAGAGUACUGGCCUCAAAUGUGUAGAAAACCCAAAGGGGAAAAACUCCCUCGCUCGAAAAAUAACCGAUGAAGCUACAUGCAAAGUAACAUCCUCCCCUGUUCAGAUUCUGAUUCAGGAUUUUGAUGCCGAUCUCAUUCCUGAACUUAAAGCUCAGCACUCAAAUCUGCAGCCUCGGAGAUGUAUGCAUGAAACAGCUUCCUCUUCAAGUUACAAUGAGAACCGCUGCUCUCCUGAAUCAGACAACGUCAAUAUUAAUCUCAUACGUGACGCUGCAAAGACUUACAGUUAUUCAUCCCUGCAAAACCCGCCACAGAUUAUUCAGGUAAUCCCAUCCAACGCUGGUAUAUCUGCAGCACAAAGCUUAACACAUCAGGUAAAAUCUGACAAACACAUCUGUAACCAGAUGACAUUUUCUACUGUCCUUGGAGAAAAUGUUGAACUCGGCCCCAAGGCGGGAGGCAAACCUAUUGCAGCUCAGGAUCAGCCCCGUUCUCGGCUAAUUUAUGCAGAGAACACAGCCUCUGUUGUCAGAAUGAAUUCAAAGGACGGACGUCCAAAUUCCCAGAGCCACUUCAAUGAAGGCCAUCAAAUAAACAUCACAGACCUCAGUUUAACCAAAACUGAUAAAGGGGUAGAGGCUGUCCGUUUCUACCAAAAUGAUAAAAUACAUGUGCGGGAGUUAAACUCCAAAAGUAUUUCUCCUGCUGAAGAUCUCACUAUAACACAGGCUGAAUCUUUUGUCUUGUCCAAAGAGGCAGCUGUAAACCCAUCAGGUGGCCUAGCUCUUAAGAAGAAAAAAAUCAAGACAAAGAGGCUCAGAAAGUGUGAUGUCAAAACUCGCCCUUCUUCUUCUUCUGACUCUUCUCUGAAGUCAUCAGAUGAGGAUGAUGAGGAGAGGGAAGGAAGACAGAGGUAUCAUUGCAAGUUGGGAUCUACAAGCAAAUGUAAGAUGGAAAUCUUUCAGGAGAAUCCUGAUGAAAGUAAAGAAUUUAACAGACUUUUUAUCCCAGCAAGACACUCUUUAACUCCUCACACAGCAUCCCAGAGGAACGAUGCAGAAUUUAGUUGCCAAAACGCCAAUCAACAUAAAUCACACUGCCAGGACUCUCCUAUCCAUUUCGCAUCGAGUGACAUCAACCCCUUUGUUCACCAAUGGCAACACAGCGAUUCAAACCAAUACUGCUAUAAGACCCCAGUGUUUGGGAGCGCUGCGGACCUUUCCUGUAAAUCCCCUCUCCUGAACACCUCUGAGAAACGUAUGGUUAGAUGCUCCAGUGCUGAUAACGAUUUGAACGGGCAAAACUCUCCUUUUAACUCCCACCUGAGCACGUACGCCACCAACAAGGGGCUCUCCAGUACACUCAGCAGCAUUGAGGAUUAUAGGGAAAGAAUUGGCGAACAACUCGCUGCCAGUCAGGAAGCACCGGUUACUGGUUCCGGUGUUAAUUCAAGUCAGGUGGAUGAAAUCAUGCUGGUUUAUUCAUCUGAACAAGAGUCAAAUCCAGGCCAAAUGCAGGUGCAAAGGAGAAGGAUGAGUGAUCAUGGUACUCAAACAGAGCCUAGAGUCAACGCAAUCAGUAUUGCUGGUCUAAAGAGGAAGGAUCGCCACAAAAGAAGCAACACUGACGUUCCUUCAUCCCAGAGGAACAAAGUGGAUAUUAAAAAAUCCCCAACGUGGGCGAGUAUGGAAACCAUGUCAGCUCACCUCUCUAAGCUCAUCCACAGCACUUCAGACCUGUUGGAUGAUGUCCAGGGGAUGAGGACGGGUGAAGUUAGCAAAUCCAGUCCUAGGAGUAUCAAUGCUUCACAGCCUAACUUAUCGUACAGCCAUCUAGAUGGAUGUAGCAAAAAAAAUAGCUCAACUCAAACCGCUUUUGGUGUUGGAAUCCAGACGGAGGAGCUGCUAGCAUCAACAAAACCUAAAGCUGUCAUUAAUGAAGCAGUUAGAGAGCGGCCUAAAUCCUAUGAAGUGAAGGUGGUAGUGAAGGUGAUCAGUCCUGAAGACAAGAGUUUGCACAGAGUGGUUGAGAAACAUGCUAACGGAAGUAAGUCGAUGCUGGAUCUGAGCUUCAACACCUCUGCCGCUUCCCAGUCAGAUGAUGAUCCUCUCAGAUCGUCAUGCAUAAAGACUGCAGCCGGCUGUCAAACGCACAUGAAAUCUGCUUUCUCCCAGCCGUCAAAGCACAGCUCUGUCGAGGAACUGGGCCACCGAAACAUAGCCGUCACCUCCAAAUCGUCAAGAAAGUGCUUCCAAGGCACGUCAGUCAGAAGCAAUCCUGCUUUUUUCAAAGAACAUCCAACUUUAACAGACCGUGCGUCAUCUCCCAUUUUUCCCUCAGGAACAAGAUCAGAUUCAAGGCUGAGAAGAAAACACUCAAUCCAUUGUCAGCUAAAACAUAAAAAUCCACAAACAGGCCAUCCCUCCAAGGAGGAUGCGCUUUCCUCUGCUAAGACUACUACACAGGAUUUAGAUUAUUUUCCCACUAAGCCAGAAACAAUAUCACUUGAGAGGCUCAGUGAAAGCAGUAGUUCAAUUCCUCAUGACUUAGGCAAGAGCUCCUCAAGCCUUAGAUCAUCACUGGGUACGUACACAGACCUUGAGAAGAGAAACAUGAGCUGCAAGCAAGGAGACAUUCAUGGGGCUAGCUUAGAGUGGCCCAGUCACAUUUUCCGUACCUUUAGAGAGGCUCAUGUGCCUGGGCAGCAAGAAUAUGACUAUACAGGUACUUCGACAGAUUUCUGCAUCGACACAGAGCAUCCAAUACCUUCUAGUGACAGUAGGAACCAUUUGAAAGAGGAUGACAUGGUAUCUCUGGCACAGAGCGAGUGCAGCACAGAAGUUCUUGUGAACACCGAAGUCGCCUCAACUGUCUCUCCUUGGGACGAUCAUCAUAGAGUCCCGGACGACCUGCCCUUGCACAACAAGUUCACCAACUGGUCAGGCGUCAGUCAGAAUGGACAAUCACAACGCUCAAACAAAAUGACAAAAACGACGCCUACCAAAGACUACAGAGGCUAUGCUGAAUGGGACAAGAUGGAGAGCACGGAUUCAAACCUGGAGGCACACAGCGACAGAAGAUCGCUAGAGAUACAGAAGCUGCGGGAGGAAAGAGAGCGGGUGAUGGCCACUGUCAGCCUCAGUACGAGCCUGACACCUCUGACCGUGGAGCUGACGGAGGCGAAGCUGCAUUAUGGGCUGGGAGAGACGGACGCGCUGUUAAAGAUGCUGUCCCCAAGGUCCAAAGAGGAGCUGCAGCCGCUGACUUCAUCUGCAACCAAGCAACAGCUGUAUGACAGGCACCGCCGGAGCAUUGAUGCUUUAAGGCGGGAGAGGGAGGAGCACCUCCAGACUUAUCGAAGAGCUCGCAGUCUGAGCCCCGGCAAACAUCCCCCUCCACGAGGAUCCAUACCCACAUGCAGCAGCAGCAAGGCAGACCACCAACUACAGCGCCGAGAAGUCGUAGACAGCACAAGUUUUCCAGAUCCCCUAAGAGUAGAAGGACAGCAUCCACCUGACAUUGAGCAGCUGCUGCGGGACUAUAGCCGAGCCCGAGAGGAAGCCAGGACAGAGAUCGCUAAGGCGCGGGAGCGGCUGAGAGAGAGGACCGAGCUGGAGAAACAGAGGAUACAGAAGCAGACUCUCUCCCAGGGAAUAAAGGAUGACCUGAAGCAUCGGACAAUGAUCAGCAACAGCACUUUGUGCACCGGCUCCAGUCUGAGUCUGUCCUCUGGACCAACGUCUGGAUACAACAGCGGCAACACCACUCAACCACAGCCUUUCAACAGGCCGCUGUUCAAUCAACAGAUUGUUGGGGUCCAAGGCGAGGGACUGAGGCUUAGGACACGUCCUCCUGUCUGUGGUUUUCAGAGUGUGAAAUCAAAGAAAACAUGGCUGUCAGCUCAGGAUGUACGGCUUGAGCUUCCCGUUAGCAGCUUUGAGCCAUUGAUGACUUCUUCUCCGUCGCCACCUGUUCCUGUACGGCAGCGCGCCGCCUCCUUUGGCUCUGCCUCUUCCAUAUCUACAGCGUACCGUGACAUCACUUCCACCCUCAUCAGCCAGGCUCUGGCUGAGGUCCGAGUUGCUUCUAUGGGGGAUUUGGGAAACCUCUGCAAGGGAAAAGCCUCAGCUGGAUGGAGUCACCAAGGAGAGGAACGAGGAGUUCAGGCAUACUACAAGAGUUCCCCCAGUCCCUCUGUCCAUGGUUUUCUCGGGGCCGGGGAGGUGGAACGACCAAUGGACUCUUUGUGGAACAUAAUCAGCCAGACGUCCAAGAGCCACAUGUAUAACCAGUCAGUUCGCUCUGUGUGGACUCGACCACUAGAUGACAGCACUCAGCUGGUUUACAUUUUAACAGAUCCGUCUGCCUGCCACCUCAGCCAGCCGCGGGACUUCUGCUGCAUCAGCACUCAGUCUAAACAGGCUGGUUUAGGUAUCCUGGCUAUGCAGUCUGUGUUUGAGGAGUCUCUGCCUCGUCCCAGUGUUGACGCCAUCCGGGGGGAGAUGCUGCCCAGCUGCUGGAUCCUGCAGCCGGUGAUACGUGGGGAACAGGAGCUGACCAGAGUCAUCUACUUGCUUCAGGUGGACCUCGGCUCUCCAUCGUUUCCUCAGCGGCUCUUGAAGACGGUUGCCAGGAGACAGGCAGCUGUCAUCGCUGAUCUGGAUGCUCUCCUUGCAUCAUAACACCCUCCGGCCGUUAGCGCUUUGGCUAAACUGUCUCCAGCGCGGCGUUAAAGAUGUGAAUUUGCACCUGGAUCUUAUUUACUUGACUUCUUUAUUUCAAAAAGGCACUGUCAUGACAUAAAGUUGUAGCAGCUUUGUUUUUUUGUCUUUUUUCUCUCUAAA